AUGAAGCUUUCCGUCCCCGCCGUCCUUUCGGCCGUGCUUUUCAGUACCGCCUCCAAUGCUCAGGUGCCCUGCAGCGUGUACUCUGGCUCCUGGCCUUCCAACGCAGCCGCGGCACCCUACUCCAAGGUCCUAGACAGCUUCUGGCACGCUUCUUUCGAGACUACCAAGGCCACUCUGGAUCCUGUCACUCGCCAUUUCGAGAUCACCAACAAAAGCGCACGUCGUCGUGUAGUGUGCCACUACUACCGGGGCCAGAUCUGCUUCUGGAUCAACGCAGGCCACACCUGCAUCACCACUCUCGCCACGAACUUUAUCAACCCCAGCAACCCGGGCAUCGUUUACCAUUGGAUUGCCUAG